UCAGGUGUGUAUACAGUGAUUUGUGUAAGUUAGGUACAUAUACAUACGAUACGAAAAAACCCUACUGCACAUCACGAUAGGGCGCGGGUUCAUGAUUGACAAGGGAUGGCGAGAUUCGAGGAACGAGAGGAACAAGGUGACACUGAAAAACAAUCAUCAAGAAAAUGCGCUAGACAAAAACCAAGAGAACUGUCUAUGUACAUAUACAGAAUUCUGAAGAAGACGGGCCGGGAACGAGAUUUUCAUAAGAUGGAGAAGGAGGGGUUUCGUCAAAAUAUCUGGCUGGGGUUGGAGGUGUCCGAGGGGGGAGGCUGAAGUAAAAGAUGAAAGGAUGGACUAAGGCAAGAAAAUUCAGCGU